CUGCCGUCCAAUAGAAAGGGUAAUUCUCCCAAAGUUCUUGGGGGCGAAAGGGCAGAAAAGCGCAAAUGGACGAGGCGUGACGCACGAGGGAUUAAAAAUUCCUACUUUAUUCUUCUUUACUGUGAUUUCUUCGCUAUAAGUCGAGAUUGCAAUUCUGGGUUGGAGAGAUUGCGCUUCUUUCUUUGCAAAGACGCUCGCUUUUCAUUCUUGGAAAAGGGGAGAAUCUAGGACUGGCUUUUUUCAUGUCAGCGACAUGAUAAAAAAGGUGGCUUGAAUCGGACAUUUGCAGAUUCAACUAACCUCAACGACCCGACCGAGGAUUCUUGGAUUCUCGGUCCCUCGUCUUCUUCGUCCAUUCGAUCCAAGGGACUCCCAGCGUAGAUCAACGGAUUAGAAUGGUUCUGAGGUUAGCCUCCUCUUAUAUGAGCUUACCUCAGACCCCGCGCGGUUCGAGCCAUCUUUCCCAGCGCAUCCCUUUCAGAAAAUUUGGAAAGAUGUGGAAGAGGGCUUGCACCAGGAGGCCGGAUAUAGUACCUUCUCUAAAUGGAGACGACACUUGUUUACGGGUUUUUGUGCUCUCGGAUUUGCACACAGACUACUCAGAGAACAUGAUGUGGGUCGAAUGCUUGUCAACUGUUAAACACAAGAGAGACGUGCUUCUUGUUGCUGGUGAUGUGGCAGAAACAUACAACAACUUUGUUCUCACGAUGUCGCUCUUGAAGGAGAGAUUCGAGCAUGUCUUUUACGUGCCCGGAAACCAUGAUCUUUGGUGCCGUAGAGGGUCAGAAAUUUCUUUCGGUUCCUUGGAAAAGCUGGAGAAACUACUUGAUGCAUGUAAAAGACUUGGUGUAAAGACGGAUCCAGUGGUCAUAGGCAGCUUGGGAAUCAUUCCUUUGUUCUCUUGGUAUCAUGAGAGCUUUGACAGAGAGGACGAUAUAACCAGUUUCCGCAUCCCCCCUUUGGAGAUGGCAUGUAAAGACUAUCAUGCAUGCAAGUGGCCAGAGGAGCUUUCAAACAAAGAUACUUCCCUAGCUUCUUACUUUGAUGCAAUGAACGAACAUAAUAUGGAUAUAGUGGAGGAUAUCAAAAAGACAUGCGAGCAGAUCAUCACAUUUUCUCACUUCGUUCCGAGACAAGAGUUAUGCCCAGAAAAAAGGAUGUUGUUCUACCCAAAUCUCCCCAAAAUUAUUGGUUCUGAUAGCCUUGAGGUUCGCCUAAGGUCCAUACACGGGGCCGAAGGGAGUGGUUCAGCUUGCCAUGUCUUCGGCCAUACCCAUUUCUGCUGGGAUGCCGUGCUCGACGGAAUCAGAUACGUGCAAGCGCCUCUGGCUUACCCAAGAGAACGGAAGAGAAGGAUGAACGGCGGCGAAAAUUGGCUACCCUUCUGCGUCUACUCCGACGGCGAGUUCACCGAGAGGCUCUCACCAUGUUACUGGUCAGAUUACUACUCUGUAAACCCCGACGACCCCAUAACACUGAACUUGCACCCUGGGUUGCCAGAUUCUACAGCCAAAGAAUAAAUACCACACGAUAACUGUUGUCAAAUAUUGUAUUGAGUCGAGUUCACACAGAGAGGAGCCCUUCUUCUGGUGUCACCAGCAAUUUUCUCUGAUACAAUCAAGGGACAAUUGAAUGUUGUGUUCUCUUUUGAUUCUGAUCAUGCCCUCUUGCCGCCUUUAAACCUUGAUUAGACAAUGUAGGUGAAACAAGAUCACCAAGUAGUAUAGUGAUUCUAGCUUUGCAAUUUCGGCUUAUUGUAUCUUGAUAAUGAUAGAUCUUGCGACGUGGCACGAUCAUAAAGUGAAGCAUUCAUGAA